AUGGCGCUCAGUACUACUCAGCUGCGCGACGAAGCGGUCCGCAAUAGAAUCAGACUUGCGACUGAAUUCCUCGACCCUACCGACGAUGAAGCCCGGUCCUAUCGUGCCGACAUCGUUUUGAUGCUAAACCGCGGUCUGAGACGACUUGUGGUUAGCAUUGACGACAUUCGAGCCCGUUCUCGAGAACUCGCCGACGGCAUCCUCCACACACCCUUUGACUAUUCUCUUGCCUUCGAUGCGGCGCUCAAAAAUAUCAUUGGCACCAUACCCAACCGUGCCCCUUUCGAGCAAGAUGAGGACCGUCUAUAUUAUGUGGCAUAUUCGGGCUCAUUUGGGGAGAAUACCUGCAACCCUAGAACAUUGGGAAGCUCUCUGCUGAAUAGAAUGGUCUGUUUAGAAGGCAUUGUCACAAAGUGCAGUCUGGUCAGACCAAAGAUUGUCAAAAGUGUGCAUUGGAAUGAGAAAAAAGGCACUUUCAUGUUCAGAGAAUACAGGGAUCAGACUAUGAGUGCCAAUGCUCCUGCCAGUCUGAGUGUGUAUCCACAGGAAGAUGGGGAGGGAAAUGCUUUGGUCACAGAAUAUGGCUAUUGUACCUAUCGCGAUCACCAAACAAUCAGCAUCCAGGAAAUGCCUGAGCGAGCACCGGCAGGGCAACUUCCCCGAAGCGUUGAUGUUCUCUUGGACGAUGACAUGGUUGAUCGCGUCAAGCCUGGGGACCGUAUCCAGUUGGUGGGCAUCUUUAGGUCAUUGGGGAACAGAAAUGCUGGAUCGGGAUCAUCGAUCUUUCGGACCCUCAUCUUGGCCAACAACAUCGUCCUUCUGUCCUCAAAAGCCGGGGGAGGAAUUGCCCAAGCCACAAUCACGGAUCAGGACGUGAGAAACAUCAACAAAAUGGCUCGUAAGCACAAUGUCUUCGACUUGCUGUCGCAGAGUCUGGCGCCCAGUAUCUAUGGGCACGACUACAUUAAGAAAGCAAUAUUGCUCAUGCUCUUGGGCGGAAUGGAAAAGAACUUACCAAAUGGCACCCAUUUGAGAGGUGAUAUCAACAUCCUCAUGGUGGGCGACCCUUCAACAGCCAAAUCCCAACUAUUGCGCUUCGUGCUCAACACCGCACCAUUGGCAAUUGCGACUACCGGCCGUGGCUCGUCCGGAGUCGGUCUCACUGCUGCCGUCACCUCGGACAAGGAAACUGGGGAGAGGAGACUCGAAGCCGGUGCCAUGGUUUUGGGAGACCGUGGGGUAGUAUGUAUUGAUGAAUUCGACAAGAUGAGCGACGUGGACCGUGUGGCCAUCCACGAAGUCAUGGAACAGCAGACCGUCACCAUUGCCAAAGCGGGGAUCCAUACCUCCUUGAACGCCAGAUGCAGCGUCAUUGCAGCUGCCAACCCCAUUUUCGGUCAAUAUGAUAGCAACAAGGAUCCUCACAAGAACAUCGCCCUUCCCGAUUCGCUCUUGUCUCGUUUCGAUCUGCUCUUCAUCGUCACGGACGAUAUUGAUGAUAAAAGAGAUCGGGAGGUCUCGGAGCAUGUCCUUCGAAUGCACCAGUAUCGUCAGCCAGGGACUGAAGAAGGAGCUCCUCUCCGGGAACAAUCCAAUCAAAUGCUUGGAGUUGGUGUCCAAGAAGACCAGAAUGCCAGUCAGACCUCGUUGGUCUACGAAAAGUUCAAUGUGGUGCUCCAUUCCGGUUUUAUGGCUGGCGAAAGGACAAGAGGAAACAAAAAAGUCCAGCCUGUCAGUAUGGGCUUCAUCAAGAAGUACAUUCAGUAUGCAAAGAGCAGAUGUAAGCCGGUCUUGACGGAAGAGGCGAGCCACUAUGUCGUCAACGCCUAUGCCAAUCUUCGGAACGAUGAACUACAAGCAAACAAGCGCAGAACUAGUCCCAUGACAGCAAGAACGUUGGAGACGCUGAUCCGAUUAUCGACAGCCCAUGCGAAGGCUCGACUAUCUAGCAGGGUCGAAGAGAGUGAUGCCAUUGCGGCAGAAGAGAUCCUCAAAUUUGCCCUCUUCAGAGAAAUUGCGGUCAAAGGGGAUGGGCGAAACAAGCGACGCAAGACCCGUGAUGCCAACGAUGAUACCUCGCAAGCGGAGAGCGACUCGGAAAGCGAGGACAACGAUAGUGACGACGACACACCAUAUCGUGGGACAAGAUCAAGCGGUGCUCGAGGGUCCAAACCACAGACGAGGAGUCAGCGUUCGACCCGCACCAAUACCACAACAAAUGGCACGUCACGUGGAAGAGUUAGUAGCAAUGCGAAUGCUGGAAGCGACGAUUCAGCAGAGUCGGACGCGCAGGCUACUUCCUCCCGAAGUCAGCGACAGACAGGUACAGAAUCGCAAAUGUCUCGCAUGAGCAUAGCCAGCUCCAUACCCAGUUCCCAGCUGCCGUCGACUCAAGCCGACUCGCAGUCCCAAGGUCCGAAUACGGCACCGCCGGGAGGUGAAACAGAGUCAGAGUCGAGGAUUUCUCAGCCACGGCUGGCAUCUUUCCGUGCUGCUUUGGGCGCCCUGACCCAGACGUCGUUGUUUCAGAAUGACAUGGCUACUGUUGCGGAUGUCAGUGCUGCCGUUAACCAUCGCGUGUCUGAGGCUCGCGGCACCGAAUUCUCCCAAGAGGAGAUUACUGCUGCGCUUAGGACGAUGAAUGAGGCGAAUCAAAUCAUGUUUCUGGAGGACAGUGGGGAGGUUUACACUCUGUAA